AUUCCCCUCCGCUUCAGCCCCUCUUCCGUUCGACUGACAUUCCAAAUCUAAAUUCUCCCCAAUCCCAAAAUCGUUCGAAGUCAAGCUCAAACAUCAAUCGACGAUGCUCUCUGCUGAACCAGUACUGUGAAUCGAUCGAAGUAUCAAGUAUCAACACAAGUCACAGUGAAUCCAUCAGUGAAUUGGGCGAAAAUCAAUCUCUACAAUCUCCGUGAAGUGGGUGAAAAUACCCUACCACUGUCGUCAAUCUCCAGAAAAUGGCGGAACAGACACAACAAACCGUUGAUACUAGUUUUAUACUAUCUGAAUCAAUUCUAGUUUUAUACCAUCUGAAUCAGUUCUUUCACAACAAGGUACGGACGUACAAGUGAAGAAAAGGAAGUUGACUUCACAGGUAUGGGAUUUCUUUACUAGGGAGUAUGUUGGAGGUGUCGGUAAAGAUGCUAAAUAUCGUGCAACUUGCAAAGAUUGUAAUAGAAAAUUUGAUGGAUCAAGUAAGGGUGGCACUACGCAUUUGAAAAAUCAUCAUGAUACUUGCCCUCUUAGAGCUAACAAUGUUGAUAUCAGGCAAGCAUUUAUUGGAAAAUCUAUUGAUAAUGCCAAUCCUUCCAAUAAGAUCAAAACACAAAAGUUUGACCCUUCAGUUGAAAGAGCUUUAUUUGCAAAGAUGAUAGCCAAACAUGAUUUGCCUUUCCUUAUGUCUCAAUAUGAAUACUUUAGAAAUUGGAUUUCAUAUUGCAUGCCAUCCUACAAAUUUCGAUCAAGAAAUACGGUGAAAAAUGAUGUGAUGCAAGUCUACACAGAACAAAAGGAAAUAAUCUAUAAUGUUAUUGGAGACUUAGAUUCACGAGUGACUCUUACAACUGAUGGGUGGACAUCAGAUCAUCAAAACCUUUGGUCUUGACUGUUGCUUCUAUUCUUGACCCGAGAUAUAAGAUGACACUUGUUAAAGCUGCUUUUGGUGAAUCUAGCAAUUUUGUAACCAAAGUGAAUCUUUUUUGGAAAGAAUUAUUUGUUGAGUAUGAUGAUAAAACAUCUUCUCACGAGUCUAAUACUUCAAGUGACUCUUCUCAUCGUGUUGAAAGCUUGCCAAUGGAUGAAAAUGAAUUUCCUCUUUUAACGAGAUUUAGGGAACUUGUUGCUCAAUCAAGUGCCAAUUCCAAUCCUAAAAAAACUGAGAUUGAGUUUCGAGCUCGUAGGGUUUUAGAGGAUACUCGUGCUUCACUUAAUUCAGAUACAGUUGAAGCCUUACUUUGUGUGAAAGAUUGGUUGCCAACACUUGAAGGAGAAGGUGACACAUUCAUGGAAUGAUAUGCAUUAUUGUUGUCUUCCCCUUCCUUGAGGUAUGGUAUAUUGUGGGUUUUGAAGUACCAAGCAAGUGAAAUAGCUUGCAAUUUUGGAUGCAUCAAAGAUUAUCUUCUUGAGAGAAUUUUGAAAUGUAUUAAAUACGAUUUGUACUUUAUCGAUUAGAAAUUUAUAUUUUUGUUCGUAUUAUUAGAUAUUUGGUAAAAUAUUGACUAUUGUUUUUUUGUAUUCUAAAGUUUUUUUGGUAUUAAUGUAUUAUGGACUUCAAUUAUAGUUUUGGACUGUGUUUAAUUUAUUUAUAAAUAGAUUCGGAUAUC